UCUUCUUCUCUUCUUUCUCGUUCUCUCUCCUCUACUCAUUUCUGUUACACGAGGGAGGGGGACACACAAAUGUAGGUAGAAGAAAACAAAAUAUACAGCAUUGGAAGAGUAUUAUUUUUUUUUGUCCUUGUAGAUGAAGGGACAGGCCUGGAUGUAGUAGGUAGAGUUAGUUAGUAGUUUGGUUCUAGAGACGGACGGAGUGAGAUGCAACCCUCUAGUGUGUGUGGAAAGUUUAGUCUGGACUUCUCACUGCCGUGGUUCUUUUUUUUUUUGUUUGUUGGACUAGCUUACUUUACGUCUAGUGUUGCUCUCGUGGUGUAAGACUCAGUGCAUGGUACUUACAGGGUCUUAAACUCGAUACACAACCAAGAGAGAGCAAGCUAGACUAGAGCUUUAUGCCCAGUGUUGGAUCUAACUCCAUCAGGAUAUACUAAACGGAACACUCCAUCUCAGUUGCGUAAUAUAAACUUUGACUAAAGUGUAUUCAAGUGUUCUGUACAUUGCAGUGAUUGUGAUUAUUCCUUAUCAAGAAUUGAUUUAUUUGUUUAUAUGUUUCAUUGUGGACAACCAAAAGAGAGAUGUGCUAAAAUAGACGGUGGCUGGAUUCUGAAUGGAUUAUAAAAACAUUUUCACGUUUGGUGAUUGAUUUUAAAGUUCGAUAAAGAUGGAAAUAUUUUGUCACCUAAAUGGCUGAUAAUGAUGCAGUAUGAUAGAUGAAUUACUGACAUUGUCAUGAGACAAGACACCUCAACACAUCUUUGACUGUAGCCCUGCAGUGAAUUACGGAGUUCUACAAACGCAAUCCUGAACGCCAUCCCCAAGUGGAUAUUUACUGAAUCAGUCAUCUGCUGUGCUGUUUUUUUUCCCGAAGGAUUUAAACCUUAUACCCUACCGUCGUGACGCCUGUGUGGCACAGUGGGUCAGGGCAGAGCGCCCUGGAUUUCCACCACCUCGACUUACAAGCCAUGAUGGAUCCGUACUCCUACCCGGCAGGUAAUUUCCACCGCCUGCCGGCCUUCCCAUCCACUGGUUAUGUAGGUAAAGCUGACGUUUUUCGUCCAGAUAACGGGGGCUCGGUGCGCCCCUUCCCAGCUGUCCCCAUGUUACACGACCAGACUGGCACCAAUGUCGGCGGUUCCCCAUCAGGGGGCGGAGGAUCUAUGCUGCCGUCGUUCGGCUUCACACAAGAGCAGGUCGCCUGCGUCUGUGAGGUGCUACAGCAGGGCGGGAACAUCGACCGCCUGGCCAGGUUUCUGUGGUCCUUGCCGGCCUGCGAGCACCUCCAUAAAAAUGAGAGUGUCCUGAAGGCCAAAGCUGUGGUGGCCUUCCACCGAGGGAACUUCAAGGAGCUCUACAAGAUCCUGGAGAACAACCAGUUCUCACCACACAACCACCCAAAACUCCAAGCCCUGUGGUUGAAGGCCCACUACGUCGAGGCCGAGAAGCUCCGCGGGAGGCCCCUCGGGGCGGUUGGGAAGUACCGGGUCAGAAGGAAGUUUCCCCUGCCGAGGACAAUCUGGGACGGCGAGGAAACCAGCUACUGCUUCAAAGAGAAAUCACGGACGGUGUUACGCGAAUGGUAUUCCCACAACCCUUAUCCCUCCCCGAGGGAGAAGCGAGAGCUGGCAGAGGCCACAGGCCUCACUACAACACAAGUCAGUAAUUGGUUCAAAAAUCGCCGGCAGAGAGACAGAGCGGCCGAGGCUAAAGACAGAGAACAUCCGGGCAUGCCGAAUCAGCCAGGGAUGGGUCAGGAUCCUAAUUCUCCGGACUCCGACAUCAAGGAAGAGCACAGCCCAGACUCGUUGGGCGGCCAUACCAAGCUUGAGAACCAUUCUCCGCCCCACCCGUCCGCCAUCUACGCCGAUUUGCAAAAGGCUUCCAGCAUGGCCGCCUCGGUUUCCGCCGGAAGUAUGAUGCACAGCAUGAUGGGAGGUCACCACGUGCCCCACCCGGGCGUCCACAUGGGCCACCACCUCGCGGCGUCCAUGGCAGGGGGUGUCGUGAACCCGGGCGUCAACAACAUGCUACACGACUACCAGACUUUAUGAAGUUAGGAGACCUUUAUUAUAUGUAUACGAAGCAGACGAUGUAGUCGAACUGGAGUUGUCUUCUCUAUCAUCUGUUCUGUCGGCAAACAAGCGUUACAUUUAACCGUGUUCUAGCUCAACCAAGAACGAAGAGGAAAAAAACAACACGUUUUACUAGUGCUUAACGCCUGAGAAUGACAACUACUUUACCUCGUCGAAAAAUAAAAAACCCAAGACACACUAAAAAAAAACAACAAGUUAAACUUGUGAUAAAGCCAAUGGAUAUUAACGACUACACUUGUAUACAUAUAGUAAAGUUCUUUUUUUUUUCUACUGGAUCAUGGAUACUUGCACGCGCUGGUGUAAUAAUUUCAAGUUCAAGGACACUAGUAAUCGGGCGUACCUUGUCCAGUUGACAGUGUGCCAUGUUGAAGGUCAGUGCGUCCUGCUGGACAGCAGCAGGAACACGGAGAAGCCUGUCAAGAAUGAGUGUGUUUCCAGGCAGUGACAUGCAAAGCCCUUCAGAUUUCUGCAUCUCUCUAUAAAGACUUGGCGGACAGUGUCACAGCCCGAGCUGCAAGCAAAGGGCGGUAACCGACGCCUUACUUGGCAAGAGGAGACAAUCAUUGUGUAUUUCGUGGUUCUUUUCAGUUAAUGUGUAAUUAGUGUGCUAUUGAAUUGGUUUUGUUGAGUAAGACACUACUAUCGAGUACACGUGAAGUAAUUCACUUCAAUUCUUUUUUUUUUUUAUUAUUGCAUUGUACAAGAAAAGUAGAUACCGGUUAAUUAUCAGAGAAGUAGGUCAUCUAAUAGUGUGUCCUUUUAUAGAAGCAUGUCACUUAUUAAUCUAACCUAUGUCAGAAGUAGGUCAUCUGUUAGUGUGGCUUUUUACAGAAGUCACUCGUUAAUGUAACAUAUUACAGAAGGAAGUUGUUACUAGUUGUUGUUUUUUUUAUUUUUUUAUUUACUAUGAUAGGAAAGAAUAAACGGACGAAACUGUGAAAUUAAAUUUUUAAAAAUGUACACACAAAGAUGUCAUCGCGUUAAAUAGAUCUAAAGUUAGAAGACAUUUGGUUAAGGAAUAGAUCUAAAGUUAGAAGACAUUUGGUCAAGGAAUAGAUCUAAAGUUAGAAGACAUUUGGUCAAGGAAUAGAUCUAAAGUUAGAAGACAUUUGGUCAAGGAAUAGAUCUAAAGCUAGAAGACAUUUGGUCAAGGAAUAGAUCUAAAGUUAGAAGACAUUUGGUCAAGGAAUAGAUCUAAAGUUAAAAGACAUUUGGUCAAGGAAUAGAUCUAAAGCUAGAAGACAUUUGGUCAAGGAAUAGAUCUAAAGUUAGAAGACAUUUGGUCAAGGAAUAGAUCUUAAGUUAGAAGACAUUUGGUCAAGGAAUAGAUCUAAAGUUAGAAGACAUUUGGUCAAGGAAUAGAUCUAAAGUUAGAAGACAUUUGGUCAAGGAAUAGAUCUUAAGUUAGAAGACAUUUGGUCAAGGAAUAGAUCUAAAGUUAGAAGACAUUUGGUCAAGGAAUAGAUCUAAAGCUAGAAGACAUUUGGUCAAGGAAUAGAUCUAAAGUUAGAAGACAUUUGGUCAAGGAAUAGAUCUUAAGUUAGAAGACAUUUGGUCAAGGAAUAGAUCUAAAGUUAGAAGACAUUUGGUCAAGGAAUAGAUCUAAAGUUAGAAGACAUUUGGUCAAGGAAUAGAUCUUAAGCUAGAAGACAUUUGGUCAAGGAAUAGAUCUAAAGUUAGAAGACAUUUGGUCAAGGAAUAGAUCUAAAGUUAAAAGACAUUUGGUCAAAACACAGAUCUGAACAUCUUCCUUUUAACUGUCUUAUCUUUUGCACAUCCUAGAGGUUCCACACACUACCCUGCCAGUGACGCCCUGGGUAUAGACAAGAACAUAGCAGCUCAGUCUCAACUAACAAUUGGAUCGGUUCACUGUGCUGAAUGUAGCAAGCAAUCAAUGGAACACCGUGAAUAAUUCAUUCACAAAACAAAAAUUGCGACAUCUAAAUCAUUAUUCAACUGGAAACGAAUGAACAAAAAUACUUGCAACAAGAACGACAACCCAACAAGCCAGACAGCACGAAGCCGUGGGUGAGCGCGGCCAGUAAUCUUGUAAUAGAUUCAAGAGUUGUCUUUUCUUAAAUUAGCAACUGAGUGUUGGUAUGAUGAAGCUCGCAUGACCUGUACCAAAGUCUACGGUUAUAGUUUUGAAAUGUCCAUCUGUCACUUAAAUCUGAGUCAGGGCUGUUUCAAAUGUCUCUAGAAAUGUCAAACAAAUAUUUUAUCUCAAGAUGGACAUUUGAUUGAAAUGAGAUCUAGUUGUAUUUGAAAUAGCAGACAUUUUGUUGGAGCAUUCUAAACUCUGCUCCUCACUGAUAUUAAAUUUUGUCUUUAAAUAUUUCGUCAUGUGAUGAGCCUUUGGGCACAGCUUUAACUCAAACCACAAACAGCUUUAACUCAACCACAAACAGCUUUAAUUCAAACCACAAACAGCUUUAAUUCAAACCACAAACAGCUUUAAUUCAAACCACAAACAGCUUUAACUCAAACCAUAAACUGUUUUAAUUAAACCACAAACAGCUUUAAUUCAAACCAUAAACAGCUUUAAUUCGCCCUCAAACCGCAAACAGCUUUAAUUCAUCAAACCAAAGACAGGCUUAAUUCACUCUCAAAUCAUAAACAGCUUGUUUUCACCAUCUAAACACAAUGGUUCUUAAUGACCAAACAAAACAAAAAAUCACUAAAAAGUCAAAAUGUGUGUGUCCUGAGUCCUACACAGCAGGACAAAAAUUAAUAAUAUUUCAUUUUGUAAUCAAUUACCAAAACUAUUUUGAAGAUGCCUAUAAGACUUCGUUUCUCCUGUUUACACGUACAUAUAUAUGUAUAGGUGAGUGUGUGUGCAAGAGUGUCUUGCGUGAAAUGCAAAUAUUGCUCGACAGAAAUGCAAGGGCAUCUCCAAAUACCAACAGAAAUGAACAAACUCUUUGAGAACAUUUGUGUGUCUGUGUGAUGUGAUGACCACGGGAUAUAGGAUACUAUGUUCUUUAAAGACACACACACACACACAAGUGUACCGGAAACGAAAGAGAAUGAUGGAUGUAAGGAAGCACUGGCGGAUGUUACAAAAAAAAAAAAUCUAUAGAGAGUUUUAAAAGCGCCUGCAGAAGUCAACACAGAGUUGUAUUUUUCUUAAACAUUUCAAAAUUGAUUUUACCUUGUACUGUCACGUGAUACAUCCACUCCCUUCUUAGUCCUCUCUUUCCCUUUUCGUGUCGCUUCUCUCACUCUCUGCCUCUCUUCCUCUCUCUGUCCGUUCUCUCUUGUUCUUAAUUGCCCAUAGUUUUACUUAAUCCUAAUUGAGGCAUUACUCAUAACAGAAGGUUGACCAGGACACUGCGAGGCAACAAACACUAGGCCUGAUGGUGCCAACAUACUUUAGACCGGAACACAUCAGAUCAGUUUUUAAAAACAGUUAUGUACAUUAAAAAAAAAAAGCUGUGUACAUCAAGUAAGCUGUGUACAUUAAGUAAGCUGUGUACGUUCAAGAUCUUGUUAAUUUUCUUUUUUUUUUUUAAAACUAAAUCAUAUCAACAUUGAAUGAUGUAUUUAUGCUACACAUCAGAAAUUUUCACCACCAUCUUUAUGUGUGUGUGUGUCUGUGUUUGUUUAUAUAGUCAUUGCUGCAACUUUUUUUACGCUCUAGUAAUUAUAAAGUCAUAAGUCAGAACGUCAUUAAGUCACAAAGUCAUAAAGUCUGUUUGUAGUUGUUGUGCAUUAGUUUGCUAUAAUGAACAUUUCAAUCUAAAUGUGUCUAAAAAUGAGCUGUUAUUAUUAUCUACUGAUGAUGGUCAAGUCUUGAUUGGAGGUCGGAGACUGUUCACUUACAUUUCGGUGCAAUAGUUAAUGUGUGUGUGUGUGUGUGAGGAGGAGUAAACUUGUUUCAUGUUCUUUUUAAAGCGCGGACCUGGUCUGCUAAGAAAUUUAAGUUUUAUGAUGUCCUAAUGUUGACAUGGUCUAUUACCUUUGACGAGUGUUUGUGUAGAGGGAAAGUGGGUAUCCGGAAGGAAUGAAUGAAUUUUUGUUUUCGAUUUUCGUAUUGAUAUUUCUGGUACAGUCCUAGUACAAGACACAAUGAAUUAUAGUGAUGGCCAUAUUUUUAUAAUAGUCUAAUAUAUCCAUUUCUCUCCUGUACGUGUACCAUAGAGUUGAGAAUGUGUUUUUCAAACCAUGUUCUUGUUUAUUAUUUGUUAUUACUAUUUUACUUGUGUUAAUCAUCACAUUAUUUACUUUGUGUUGAAGUCUACAUCUAUAUUAUUGGUUAGUAGUUGGUCAACACUAGAAGCAAAACAAGAGUUAUAGUGGAAUGGUUAUUGUAAUUGUUAAACUACACCCCCCCCCCCACCCUAACCCAUUGAGAAAUUGUUUAUUUUUUUCUUUUUAGAAGCAAGUGUUUAUAUCGUGAGCAGUUAUUUACAAUUAAUGAAAUCAUUUGGAAUAAUGUGUACAUUCUUCUCUGGAAAUCUAAACAUACUAAACACAAAACAUACUAAGCACAAAACAUACUAAACACAAAGCAUACUAAAUACAAAGCAUACUAAACACAUUGAACACAAUGAACAUAGGAAGUAAGUUUAACACAUUGAGCAAACUGCAAAGAUUAAACACAAUGAACACAUUAAUCACAUGAAACAUUCUGAACAUAUUGAACACACUAACACAUAGUGCACAUUGAAAUGUUUGGACACAUUGAAUACGCUGAACGCACGCAUUUCUUAAACAAAACACAAAAAAACACACACUUAUGGUAUUAUCUCUAUCAGGGCCGGCCUUAGGCCACUGCAACCUAUGCGGUCGCAGUGGGCCCCGCACUUUCAUAGGCCCCGCGCUAAUUCUAGGUGUAAAUAAUUAAAUUAAACCAUUAAAAUUUAUACAUAAUACCAGGAGUUCCGCGGCCUCCUGAUUUUCCAAGCCCUCCUGGCGAUCUCCUGAAAUUAUUAAAAUCUGAAUGCUCAAAAAAAUCUACUGAAAAAUAGACACAAAUUUCAUUUUUGGGAUGCCAUUAAAUACAAACGUCUUUCAUUUCAUAAAAAUUUAUUGCAAAGACGAAUGUAUUUUCUAACAUAAAGUCUUAAUUUUGACAUUAUGCUUAUCCCUACCCAGACAAAGCCCCGCGCAAUCCUUUCCGCACUGGGCCUCGCAAUUGUUAGGGCCGGCCCUGAUUUCUAUGUAUUCAUUGCUAUGACUUACUUCUCAGCGAUACUCUCCUGCAUCUAUUAAAUAUAAAUCUAUUGCAAUUUUUUUUCUACCAAAACGAGGCUCGUUAUUAAUUUGCUGAAUGACCAUUUAAUUGAGCUUGUUCUCGAAACUUCUAUAAGAUUAUAUAAUGCACAUACGAUUCCCCCCCCCUUCUUUUGCCCACUCCUCUCUCAGGCCCUCAGAAUAUUUUUUUACUUCUUUAAAAGUGCGUCAAGUUGUCAUGCUACCAACUCAUAUCAUAGGUGCUAUACAUUGUUUUAACCCUCCUAGACCAAAGAAUCAACCGCAAGGUUAAUUAGGUGCUGCCAAUCUAGAUGUUUUUAUGUGUGAUGACUCUAUAUGUAAUAUAUAUAAAUAUAUCUUUAUUCAAAUUAAUGAAAUAAAUAACAUUUUUUUUUAUUUCUAACUCACAGUUGGCGCUCUCUGACUUUCUGCCAACUGUGCACAUUUAUGUUUGCUUGUUUUUUUUUCAAAAAAUGAGCAUUAAAAAAUAAACGACAGUUGUUCGCUAAAUAUAUUAUGGCUUCUGUUUCAAUUGUCAUUUCUAUAAUUAUGUGUACAUUUGGGAAUAGCAUCUGAACAGAUGGUUUAUGUACAUUGGAUAUGUUUACAACGCCAUCUGGGGGUACAUUUUUUUAUGUACAGUUCUUCAAUGUAACUCGCAUAUUAUUAUUAUUAUUUUGUGAUUGUGUUUUUCUCCAUUUAAUAGACAACGGAUUUAAUAAUAAAACAAAAUCAAUGAGACUAAACAAGGGA